AGUGAUUCAACGAGAUUCAAUAUGUCAGCGCCCUUGGAUGGAAAAUGACAGCUAUGCUUAUCUGGAAGUAUAGUUUGUACAGACAUUGGACAAUGACACAAAUCGUACAAUAAAUUCCAGAAAAAGAGACUGAAUUCUGACUGAAAAUGGCAGCUUUAUGUCAAAAGUGUUUGGUAUCAAGCCAUCUGAAAACCAAACUGGUCUUCCAAAGCCGUGUUUUGUUUUGUCAAAAGAAAUAUGUUCCAUCAUGGACUACAAGGAGAACAUUAUCAACGCUAUCAGCCCCUCUUGCCUCGGCCUUCAAUUCCAAGCCAGCCAAGUUCAAUUUCAAUUUCAGAAGUGGUUGUGGGCUGUUCCAGAUCAUGGAAUUACAAGAUUUCAGUGGCUUCCAUAUCCUCAAAGAUCAUGCAGAGGUGGAGGUUGAGUCCCUCAUAGAAGAGAUCACAAGCUCUAACCGCACGAAGAGUGUGGUGACACUGUUUGAUGAACUCUCUGACUGUCUAUGUAGAGUUGCCGAUAUGGCCGACUUCGUUCGAGUCUCUCAUCCUGACCCUUUGUUUGCUCAAGCUGCAGAAGACGCCUGUGUGUACCUGUCAGGUAUAGUAGAAAAAUUGAACACAAACCCUGACAUAUACAACGCCCUAAAGAAGGCAGUUGAGGACGGAGAUGUGGUCCCUCUGGAUGACCAAGACAAGCGAGUGGGACAACUGUUUCUGUUUGAUCACGAGCAAUGUGGCAUCCAUCUUCCUGAAGAUAAGAGGGCGGCGUUUGUGAAGCUGAAUGAGGAUGUCAUGAUGAUAGGGAAUUUCUUCAUGCAGGGGACUCAUGUGAUGAGAUCUGUUGCCAAAAAGUUACUGCCCGAGAGUAUUAGACAUUAUUUUAAUAUUGAUGGUGACCAUGUCCAAGUUCAUAACCUCCAUUCUGACCACCAUAAUGAACGGAUGAGGGAGGCAGCAUAUAAGAUCUACCUGUACCCAGACAAACAUCAGGAACACCUGCUGAUGAGCUUAUUGAUGGGCCGGCACAAACUGGCCCAGGUUGUGGGCUUCGAGACAUACGCACACAGGACAAUCAAGGGUACCAUGGCAGAAACUCCAGAAAAUGUAAUGGAUUUUCUUGAAAACCUGGCUGACAGCAUCAGACCCCGAGCCGAAGCUGAUUAUUCAGACAUGCUUCGCCUAAAGCAAGCUGAAGGUGGUAUGGAAAAUAGAAUAAUGCCCUGGGACCAACCAUACUAUACCGCUAAGGGGAGACAACUUGUAUCAAACUUGAGAAGUUAUGAGGUGAUGCCAUAUUUCUCUCUUGGGGGUUGUAUGGAGGGGCUGAACAAUCUGUAUAACUGUCUGUUCAAUGUCUCUCUGAAGGACGUGCAGCUUGAGAAUGGUGAGGCCUGGGUCAAGGAUAUCCACAAACUGGCAGUGGUACACGAGACUGAGGGAGUGCUGGGCUACAUCUACUGUGACUUCUAUGAGAGAGCCGACAAACCUCCACAGGACAGUCAUUAUACCAUACAAGGUGGUCGGCUUAAGGAGGAUGGAGAGUACCAGCUUCCUAUAGUAGUGUUACAGCUAAAUUUCUCAGCAACUCGUGGUAAUGUGCCACCUCUACUCACACACAGUAUGAUGGAGAACUUGUUUCAUGAAUUCGGGCAUGCCAUGCACUCCAUGUUGGGGCGGACAAAAUAUCAACAUGUCACAGGUACUAGAUGUCCAACAGAUUUUGCUGAGGUUCCAUCUAUACUGAUGGAGUAUUUUGUCUCGGAUCCUAGGGUGCUGUCCACAUUUGCCUUCCAUUAUAAGACAGGUGAGCCACUUCCAUUGGAGCAAAUACAGAAACUCUGUGAGGCCAAGAAGUUGUACUCAGCAUCAGACAUGCAGCUCCAGGUGUUCUACUCCAUCACCGAUCAGGUGUUCCACAGUCGUUUCCCUUUUGAGGACAAUAAGAGCACAACACAGGUGAUGGCUGAGUUACAGGAGAAAUAUUACAGCAUUCCAUGUGUCAAUAAUGCAGCAUGGCAGUUGAGGUUUGGUCACCUUGUGGGAUACGGAGCCAAGUAUUACUCGUACCUCAUGUCCAGGGGCGUGGCCGCACGUAUCUGGCAUUCAUGUUUUAAAGAGGACCCCUUCAAUAGACAGAUGGGCGAGCGCUACAGAGAAAAGAUGUUGUCUCACGGAGGACAGAUAGCCCCAGGUCAAUUAGUUCAAUCUAUGCUACAAGAACCGCAGGAGCUAACAAUGAAUCAGUUGGUUGACUCGCUCAUCCAGGAUUUAGAUAGUAGUUGAUGGCGGUAGACCAUAUGUCUGUAUACGGUAAAUGUGGAAACAGAAGACUUGAGUGAUCGCAGAAAUCUGUUUUCAUCUAUAAAGAAAAACAACAGCAAAUGUUGAAACAGAAGACUUGAGUGAUCACAGAAAUCUGUUUUCAUCUAUAAAGAAAAACAACAGCAGCUGGAUGUUAUAGUCAAUGCUAUCAACCAUCUGACCACAAAAUGGCCGUUUCUUCAGAUGUGUAAUUUGGCAACCAGUCACUAAAUACUGGCAAGUGGUCUUCUUGACUCUAGUAAUAGUAGAUGCAAUCAAUAAUCUGACGUCAAAAUUCCAGUUUCUGAUUAUCCUACUCUGGACACUCGAUGGUUUUACAUUGUUAAAUGUCAAGGCAGCAAAAUGAUGGAGCUCCAUUCUGGAAUAUCCUGAGCUUUAAAUAUAAGGAAAUCCAUGCCAAAGUCAAUGUGACCACGCAGAUAUCACUCAUGUUUACAUAACUCUUGUGAAAAUCCUCACUAGGCUAAAGAGGUUGGUCAUGUGAUUUCUGAGAGGUCAAAAGUACUUUUCUAAUUAUAUCAUUAAAAAUAUAAUGUUUCCAAGCUUUUGAUAUUGUAUUUAAAAGCUGUUUUUGCCAAACAAUUAACUGUUACAAUAAUUACAGUUAUUGCUUUUAAUUGAUAUCUGACAUUGAUAUUUUUUCAUUAAUGUGGUGAUAAUCAGGUUUCUAUGUUUAAAAUGUGGUGAUUGCUUGUUACAUAAAUUGUGUUGAAAAAUUGAUUUUGUUGAGAACUUUUGCAUUUCAAAGGUAAUCGUGAAGUUUUUAUAUUUAAUGAGUUGUAUAUUUUGCACAAAUUGUGAUAAAUAAAGUGAUAUAUCAUAUA